GCCUUCAUCCAGCGGAGGAGUAACAGCAAAGGCAGAGCCUGGCAGAGAAACAGAGGAUCCACAGAGGGUAAGGCUGCAUCUUGCAGCCUCAGCCUUGAGGGGCUUUUUGCUGCUGUCCCUCCUUCAGAUCGUUCAAGUUAAUACCCUAACAAGCAACAAGAAUGGAUGUCUUUAAGAAAGGUUUUUCCAUUGCUAAAGAAGGUGUGGUGGCUGCUGCAGAAAAGACCAAGCAGGGAGUGACCGAAGCUGCAGAGAAGACUAAAGAAGGGGUAAUGUAUGUAGGCACCAAAACCAAGGAAGGCGUAGUGCAAAGUGUGACCUCGGUUGCUGAGAAAACCAAAGAGCAGGCCAACGUGGUCGGAGAAGCUGUAGUAGCCAGCGUGAACACAGUGGCAAACAAGACUGUAGAAGGAGCAGAGACCAUCGUGGCCACUACAGGAGUUGUAAAAAAGGAGGACCUGGCUGGACUGGAGCCACCCGAGCAGCCCAGGGUGGCAGGAGAGGGGGCAGCAAGCACAGGCGGUGGUGGAGAGGGUGAAACUGAAGGCAAUUCAUCAAGUUAGGGACUUCUAGCUCAAAACAAACCAUUCCAAGAGCAUACAUGGAAAUAUUAGCUGACACAACAACAGGAAAAUCUCGCUGUCCAUAGACUAACUACAUUCAGCUCUGUAGUCUUUCACUUGCAUCAUAAACUUACAAUAUAUGUAACCCAGACUCCUCUGAUUGUAAGUAAAGCACAGGUGUGUACCAGGGUGUGUGUCCUUCCCCACCUCCCUCCUGGCUUCCCAACCUGCUUGCUUUGCAUAUUUUGGUUGGACUCACUGCUCUGUCUCUCAUGUCCACCUGUA